GCUCGUCAUCUUUGCAUGACGAGGAUUUCGUGUGCGAUUGCUUGGUCUUGCUGUCUGGGUGUAGAUGACCAUGGCCUUGUUUGUUAUAUGAUUGAUUUCGUGGUGCGAUCUUUAGUCGACACUGCUUCAGCUUCUAUGCGGUUGAAACUUGUCUUUCUUGUUUACGGUCUUGAUCUCGGAAGAAAAGUAUCUAAGGGCGAAGACGUGCACAGGUUAGAGGAUUGCAUGACAUCAUGGACACUUCAACGGGUCUACAUCAUCUUGGAUGCGUGGAGGGAUCUAUAUCUCACCUGAAAUCUUGGGAAGAAAGCGGAACUGUGGAACUGAGGCAGAAAUGUCACUUUGGCUUAACCUCCGCGCAGCUUCCCAAAGUUCCGGACUGACUAGAUAGUCACAAGCUUACGGGGGAGCUUUUUUCUUGCCUGAAAUCUUGGGAAGAAGGCAGAAGGUUACGAAUGCUCACAGGAUAAUACUUUCUGCAGUAUUGUAGAGUUUUGCUUUCUUCCCAGAUUUUCUGGUUAGGUGUAACUUUCAUACGAAGACAAUGAACGAGGACUACAUUAACAGUUGGUUACGAAAUGCAGAGCGUGACCUCGAGCUGGGUUUGCGCUUCACUACUGUCAUUUACACUUGAGGAUCGUAGAAAUGAGAUUUUGUUAUGUCUGUUGCUCGUUAACUGUCUAAUUGAAACUAAUGUUUGAUUUCAGCGGAGGUUAAUGAUGCGGAGUGGGUGUGGGGCUUUCUUUUUGAACUGUAUAUAUCUCUACUUACAGGAAGAAAUAAACU